GUUGACUCCUAUGAUGUGACUGUGGAAGAAGACCUUGGAGAAAUUCAGCUAAUAAAAAUUGAGAAACGAAAAUACUGGUACCAGGAUGACUGGUACCUUAGGUACAUCACUGUAAAAAUGCCAAUGGGUGACUAUUUGGAGUUCCCAUGUUACCGCUGGAUUACAGAUGAAAAAGAGAUUGUCCUUCGAGAUGGAAGAGCAAAGCUCCCCCGUGACGACAAGACUCAGAUUCUCAAGCAGCACAGACGCAAAGAGCUUGAAACUCGUCAAAAGAUGUACCGAGGCUUUCCCCUGAGCAUCGAUGCCAAUUCUCACAGUGAUCUGCCUCGUGACAUCCAGUUUGACAAUGAGAAGGGAAUUGACUUCAUUCUGAACUACUCCAAAGCGAUGGAGAAUCUUUAUAUUAACCGUUUCAUGCACAUGUUCCAGUCCUCCUGGAGUGAUUUUGCAGAUUUUGAGAGGAUCUUUGUCAGAAUCAGCAACACAAUCUCUGAAUAUGUGAUGCAGCACUGGAAGGAAGAUUUUAUGUUUGGGUACCAGUUCCUGAAUGGAUGCAAUCCUGUGCUGAUCCGGAGAUGCACAGAGAUACCCAAGAAAUUGCCUGUGACUAUGGAUAUGGUAGAAUGCAGUCUAGAGAGGAACCUGACCCUGGAGGAGGAAGUGAAGCAAGGAAACAUUUUCAUUGUGGACUAUGAGCUGCUGAAUGGUGUGGAUGCCAAUAAAACAGACCCAUGCACAAUACAGUACUUGGCUGCACCCAUCUGUCUGCUGUAUAAGAAUCUGGAGAAUAAAAUUGUACCCAUUGCAAUCCAGCUUGGUCAAAAACCCGGGCCGGACAAUCCCAUAUUCCUUCCUUCAGAUGCCACAUAUGACUGGCUGCUAGCUAAAAUCUGGGUUCGCUCAUCUGAUUUCCACAUCCACCAGACAGUGACCCAUCUCUUACGAACACACUUAGUCUCAGAGGUGUUCAGCAUAGCUAUGUUCCGGCAGCUGCCUGCUGUGCAUCCCCUCUUCAAGCUCUUGGUGCCACACAUGCGGUUCACGAUAGCCAUCAAUACCAAAGCCCGAGAACAGCUUAUCUGUGAAUGUGGCCUUUUUGACAAGGCAAAUGCUACCGGUGGAGGAGGACAUGUACAAAUGGUGCAGAAAGCAAUGAAGGAUCUGACUUACAGCUCCCUCUGCUUCCCUGAGGAGAUCAAAGCUAAAGGGAUGGAAAGCAAAGAGGAUAUCCCCUACUACUAUUACCGAGAUGAUGGCAUUAAAGUGUGGGAGGCUAUAAAGAGUUUUGCAGAGGAUGUUGUUCACAUCUACUAUGAGAGUGAUGAGGUGGUGUGUGAGGAUGUGGAGCUCCAGGCCUUUGUCAAAGACAUUUACGUCUAUGGGAUGAGAGGCGUGAAGUCCUCAGGGUUUCCUAAAAUGAUCAGGACACGAGAGAAGCUAGCAGAAUAUCUCACAGUGAUAAUAUUCACCACAUCGGCCCAGCAUGCAGCUGUGAAUUUUGGCCAGUAUGACUGGUGUUCCUGGAUUCCCAAUGCCCCACCAACAAUGCGCUGCCCUCCUCCAACAGAAAAGGGAACAGUCACCAUUGAGCAAAUUGUGGAGAGUCUGCCAGACAGGGGACGUUCUUGUUGGCAUCUUGGAGCUGUCUGGGCCUUGAGCCAAUUCCAGGACAGCGAACUGUUUCUAGGCAUGUACCCAGAUGAACACUUUGUGGAGAAGCCAGUGAAAGAGGCUAUGGUAAAAUUCCGCAAGAAUCUGGAUGAGAUUGUCAACACCAUCGCCGAGCGCAACAAGAGAAAAAAGCUUCCUUAUUACUACCUUUCCCCCGAUCGCAUUCCCAACAGUGUUGCUGUUUGA